GCAUCCUUAUAUUCCUUAUUGCAUCUUCUUAAUCACCAAGUCAAAUCAGUUUGACUGUCACCUAUUUAACCUACUCAGACACUAGAUCUUAUUUUUUUUGUUUUUCUUUCUACACAAUACUAUUGAAGCAAAAAUGCCUGAAGACGUUAAACGUUGCGUUCUUGCCUACUCUGGCGGCUUGGAUACCUCUUGUAUUCUUGCCUGGCUUAUUGAACAAGGAUGGGAGGUGAUUUGCUACAUGGCUAACGUUGGUCAAGAAGAAGAUUGGGAAACAGCCCGUCAAAAGGCUUUAGGUGUGGGAGCCAAGAAGGUUUACAUUGAAGACUUACGUGAUGAAUUUAUCCAUGACACUGUCCUUCCUGCCGCAAAGUGCAACGCUAUCUAUGAAAACGUCUACCUUUUGGGCACAUCUCUUGCACGCCCUAUCAUUGCCCGUCGUCAAAUCCAGAUUGCUGAGAAAGAAAACUGCAUUGCUGUCUCUCACGGCUGCACUGGUAAAGGCAACGAUCAAGUUCGUUUUGAGCUUGCCUACUACGCUUUGAAGCCCGAUAUUGAAGUUAUCGCUCCCUGGCGUCUCCCCGUUUUCUUUGAUCGUUUUGCUGGACGUACUGAUUUGUUGAACUAUGCUGCUGAGAAGGGCAUCCCUGUUACUCAAACUACUAAGAAACCAUGGUCAAUGGACGAAAACAUCGUUCAUUGCUCCUAUGAAGCUGGUAUUCUUGAAGAUCCCAGUCUUGCUCCUCCCGCUGACAUGUGGACCCUCACUGUUGAUCCUAAGGACGCUCCUGAUGAGGAGGAGGAACUCGCUGUUCAUUUCGAAAAGGGUAAUCCCUGUAAGUUAGAAUGCAAGGACGGUGUCUUUUCCGACGUUGUUAAAAUCUUCCAUCAAUUAAAUACCAUUGCUCGCCGCAAUGGCGUUGGCCGUAUCGACAUCGUCGAAAACCGUUUUUCUGGCUUGAAGAGCCGUGGCUGUUAUGAAACCCCUGGCUUGACCAUUCUUCGUUCCGCCCACAUGGAUUUGGAAGGGUUGACCAUGGAACGUGAAGUCCGUGCUUUGCGUGACCAAUUCGUUACUUUCAACCUUUCCAAGAUUCUCUACAACGGUCAAUACUUCUCUCCCUGCACUCGUAUGCUUUUAGCUGCCAAUGACGUUUCUCAAGAAGUUGUUAAUGGUGUUGUUAAGCUUGCCGUCUACAAGGGUAAUGUCAGCGUCCGUGGACGUAAGUCUGAUACCGCUCGUCUUUACGACGAGAAGCUUGCUUCUAUGGAUGAACUUGGUGGUUUUGAUCCUACCUGGACUUCUGGUUUCAUUCAAAUCGAAUCUAUUCGCUUACGCAACUCUGAUGAAGGCAAGUACUGGCUCUAAACGUUUUUCUAUAUAAUUAUUCGUAGUUUUAAUACCGAAUAGAAUUACUGUUUUUGCGUAAACG